GCGUUCAUGUUUCCGGUUCCGUUCAAAACAAAUCUGAUGUUGCCUUCGUAUGUGUAAAUUGUCUAAUUUAAUUAGAUACGAAUUGUGCUUGGCUUACUGUCUUAAAAUGAUACACAGAUGAAGAAGAAAAUGUUUUCUAAAUUUUCAAACAUCCUUCAUCACGCAGUUGAGGCGCUGGCACCUCAACUGUCUUUGAAGGAAGAGUUUGUCUACCAUUGGAAAGCAGUUACCUCUUUCUUCAUGGACAACAAAGGGGAGAAGCUUCCUAUAGACCAGACACAGAUUCCGGAACAUCUGGACCAGAUAGUGGUUUUGUUGAAAGAAGAGGAAAACACCGAGGAACUGGACAGCACAGGGCCAUGUAUGGAGUACCUACUACAGCACAAACUACUGGACACUCUGUACUCACUGGGCAGGACUGAUCAUCCUCCUGGUAUGAAGCAAAUAGUUCUUCAGUUCUUCAUCAAAUUACUAUCAAGACUAAAACAGCCAAUCCUAGCUCAUGUCAGUGUGCACAGGGCUGUUCACCGGUUGGUCAAGGCUUGUGGUGAAGUACAGGCAGCCCCCACGGAGACGGAGGAAAUCCAGUUCUUAUGUACCGUGUGUUCAUUAGUUAAAUCUACUCCUUAUCUAGUCAAUUUCUUUAUUGAGGUGCCAAAGCUCAAAACUGAUGCAAGAAAAGCUAGUCUUACCAAAGAUGUGCCAACAAAUCAAACUGCAAGUCAUGUGACCACUGCCAACACAGCAAAUGCCAACAGCUUGGCCAGUGCCACCAAUGACGCCAGUGGUGAACGGAAUUUCAGCCUGAUGAAUUCUCUACUGAAUCUCUCUCACAGUGCGGACAGUCGAGUAGCAGUGAAGGCCUGCGAGGGUUUGAUGCUUUGUGCAAGUUUGCCAGAAGAAACGGCUGCUUCGUGUAUUGUUCAGGAUACAGCUUUCUGUACCGAGAUGAGUCAGCGGCUUGUAGAAGCCUAUCUCAAACUGCCUUCCUUCAUCAAUCCUGCAGAUCUUGAAAAUGUGGAGGCGAAAUGGGGCUUGGAUGUCAUCACAGAAAGUGAGGAUCAGAAGACGUUUGUGGGAAAGCGCCACCUGGUGAGCUUUCUGUCCUGGCUGGAUUACUGUGAUCAGCUUAUUUCAGUUUCCAGUCCAAUGGUGGCCAAGAGUCUGGCUAAGUCUAUCCGGGAACUUUUCCUGAAUGUCAUCAUGGAACCCUCAGUAAUGCAAACUUGUGAAUCAGGUGCUAUACUGGCUACAGCAUACCUCAAUAGAUGUCUGAGAACGGUAUGUUCUCCACCACUCUUAUCAGAGUUUUGCUUUUUCAUUCUUGGAUCAGAGAGGUUACCAGAGCAAGAAGGGGAGAUCACUCCAGGAAUCCGACACCGCCUCAUCGAGCGCUGUAACCAUUUAUCUGAGGAAUUGUGUUUGAUUACCUUGAAGCUGUUCGACACUCUCCUACAGAAAAAUGAUGAACACAUCAUACAUAAUUUGGUACUACGCAAUCUGUUAGGCAGGACUUACUACAGACCCUCCUCACAGAUUUUGUGUAAUGAAGAGGACAAGGGAGAAAACUCUCGGGCAUCUAAUGGAAUUUCUGAAAUGGGUGAAGAGGAGACAGCCACUGCAGUAUCUGAAAAACCAGAUCUCAAUCGUUCAUCGAGUCGCACAGAGGUUCAUAAGAUUGUUAACUGUUUCCUUUCCCUGUUGCCAGAGCAGUUGAAGUCCAGUUAUCAGACAGCAGAUAGUGGAUAUGACAUGUAUUUAAGGGAUGCUCAUAAACAGUACCGCCAUGUCUGUGAGAUGACUGAUCCUUGGUCCUGGCCAAAAGAGCCUGUGGUCAUCAAAAGAUUUGUUGUGGAUGAAUUUCAGGAGGGGGCUUUCCUGAAUAUGACACUGAAUAAAAUGUCCCAUUUAAUGGAUCAGAGUUAUCCAGUUAACCUGCAGUUGACUUCAAUCAUCUCCAGACUAGCCCUCUUGCCCCACCCUAACCUUAGUGAGUUCCUGUUGGACCCCUUCCUUCCUGUCAGGGACGGUACCAGAACUCUCUUCUCUGUCUUCCAGAAGUUGGCCAGUGAGGUGAGAACAAAACUGGACACACAGAGUGACCUUAGUCAGCAACUGGUCAGUGUUCGUCGUCAGCUAAUGGGAAACAGCCCAAAUCUUCAUCGUACAAGACCGUGCAGGAAACCAGAAAGAUUUCAGUUCAGAUAUGAAGACCACACCCAGCUGGAGGCCAUCAUAGUCAUGGAAGAGUUUUGUAAAGAACUCUCUGCAAUAGCAUUUGUCAAGCACCACACCGAAGUUAAUAAAUCCUCCUAAUGAAGUGAUCCUACACUGGACUUUUUGUCUCCACAUGAUGCUUGUGAUGGGGUACUGCUGUGCAAUCAUGUAACUUCAACAAAGUUGUUGCAUAAUAAUUCAGAUUAAGAUCAAAUUCUAUUCGAACCCAUAGGAGUUCUCUCUCCUUUCUAUUUAAAAACAAACUUGUCCUAAGUUUCGUGCAGCUGUUAAAAUGUGUAAUAUAAUACAAUAUGUACAAUGUUGAAGACGGCAUGUAGGGAGAAGCUUUAAAGGUGGCGGGGACAUACCAUUGAACACAUUUUCACUGCCUUUGAAUUUAGAAACAAACCAGUUCUGUCUUAUUAUUCCUACAGGCCAGUGCAGGUGUAUGGAAAUUUGAGUGGUUUAAAAUUGUGUCUGAAAUCCAAGGUUUGUGCAAUAUUUGAUAUGUACAUUAUAAGAUAUUAUCAGAGGUUUUAUAUAUUCAGUAUAUCGCUAUAUUGUUAAUGAUAGGUGCUUGAGGACAGGGAGAUUGUCAUCAAUGUCUGCCAUUAUUUGAGUACACGUACUGUGGAAUCAUUAGAAUUCGUGGUGGCUCAAUUUUCGUGGAAUUCGUGGGUACCCCUCACCCACGAAUUUACAUCCUCAACGAAUAAAGACAACUAGUAUACAAGAAUCUUGCAAAUAUAUAAAUCCACGAAAUUACGUCCCCACGAACCCGUAAAAAUUCAGCAAUCCACGAAAAUUGGCCCCCACGAAUUUAAAUGAUUCUACAGUAUAUUUUACUGUGGCGUUUUCAUACACUUAUUAUAUCUGCCUCUCUGUAAAGGGUAAAGAAUGAUCUGUGGGUGGAUCAAAAAAUAUAAUAUCUAUCAGAGUGGGAAUUAUUACAGGUGGUUCUGUUCCCAAGCACCAAUGUUGUUAAUGGGAUGUUUGUUUAUUUUAUUUUCAUGAUAUUCUUGAUACAAUUAGUGAUACUUACUCCCCUACGUGCCAAACAGGGCUGUUACAACUGUCUUCCUAAUACUGCGUCAUCUGUAAAGCAUAGCUACACUUUCUGUCUGUCUGUCUGUCAUACAUGUACACUAGAACUUUGUCAUCAAAAGUGAAAAGACUUUGAUAUUCAGCAUGUACAUUUUUUAUUUGAAGGUCAUUAAUUAAUAAUGAAGUCAUCAUGGGUGACAGAAAUUUUAAGAACUCUAGAUUAUGUACAUUAAAACUUUGUUAUCCAUGCACUUACUAUAUGAUAAUGACCACUGUGAUAAAUGUUUUGGAAAAAAAAAAGAUCCUAGUUUAUUUGAUCUAACAGGUACAUUGUAUUGAUUUUUAACAUUCAGACUAAAUUUUCAGAUGAUAUUUCAGUUAAAAUCCUAUAUUAUAUUUUGUGGGGACGUGCAUAACAAAUGGCUGAUGAUUCAUUAAGAAAUUCUUUUUGUACAUUUUAUGAAGAGAGUUAAGUCAACUUUCAGGUAUUUCAAAUACACUGUGAAUUGGAAAAUUUCAGGGAGUAAUUAGUACAUUAAUUACAAAAAUCCAGCUGAAGAAUAUGCAUACAAAAUUUUCUCUUUUUUUUUUUUGAAUGAAAAGUUUUUUCAGAACUUUGUGGGUUUUUUUGUGUACAUCUUUAAAUUAGAAGACAUUUGUUUAAAUUUACACUGUGUAGUUCUUCUUCCAUCUUUUAUAAGAGUCAACUCAAGCAAAUUCAUCCAGACUUUUGAUUCAAAGACUACAUUAAAGGUUGAUUAAUUUCCAAGGGGUUUAUUUUGACUAAAAACAGUGAUUAUGUGAAGACACAAACUGAUUUUUUGUAGCUCAAUACAAAACUUCUCAAGACAGUAAGCUGAUUUUUUUUAUGCGCAUUUACAAAUAUUGCAGGCUGUUGAUAUGUUUUUAAAAGGAGAUCUUGAAUAUUCUAGUCAUAUCUUAUCUAACUAGUACUGUAUAUAAUUUGCAUAUUCAAAUUCUGUCCUUGAAAUAUAUAUAGAAUAUCUUAUGUAUACAUUCUAUGUAAAUCAUCAUUCAGAAUUCAUAUUUAUGAUAAACAAUAUCCUAAG